CAGGCCUUCCUCACCAUGAUCACAGGAUUCUUCUCUCUCAGGACAUUUACCUAAACCUUCCCUCCAAGCUCACCAACAGAGGAGACGUCUGGCAGCCGGAGGGAACGUGACCCUGCAGUGUCAGAAGCCACAUAAUAUGACUGAGUACAAAAUGUUCCUGCUCCUGAAGGAAGGAGUUUCAGCACCUGUACAGGUUCAGAGAUCAGAAAGGAACAGAGCAGACUUCUCACUUCAUGAUGUGACCCUUGAGGACACGGGAAACUACAGUUGUGUCUACCACCAGAUAGGAGCCCCUUUCUGGGCCUCACACCCCAGUGAUCUCCUUGAGAUCUUGGUGUUUGGAUACCUGCCUAAGCCUUCCCUCCGUGUUCAGCACUUAAGUCAAGUUACCACAGGAGAGAAGGUGAAUCUACAGUGUCAGAAGCCACACAGUUUCACACAGUAUAAAAUGUUCGCUCUGCUAAAGGAGGGAACUUCAUCCCCCAUACAGCUUCUGAAUUCAGAAAAUGACACAGUGGAAUUCACCCUUGAGGAUGUGACAGUCCACGAUGCAGGAAGGUACAGUUGUGUGUACCUGCAGGCAGAAGCCCCUUUCAGGGCCUCACAUCCAAGUGAUCAUCUUAAUAUCUCAGUGGCAAUUCCUGCCCUGACUUCCCUUGACGAUGCAGGGUAA